UGGUGGUCGUGGGCUCCGAUCUACUCGUCGAGAUCGGAUGGGCGCUUCCCUUGUUUAACUUCAGCAGCAGGAACUCUGGCAGAGAAGAGUUGGUAGAUGAGUUAAUAACACUGAAGGAACGCGAAGGAGGUAGUGGCUGGUUCUUCAGAGAGGCGUUUUCCAGCUGGUAUUCGAUGGGUCUGUGUUCAUUGCGUGCCUACUUGAAGGGGAAAAAAAAAAACCCUAUAAUUCGGUUGUGUUGGGGCAAAGACUCCUGAUCGUGUCAGAAGUAUUCGGCUUUCACAGUUGAGGGUAGCAAAAUAAAGCAGGAUGUCCGUGGAUCCGAUGGCCUAUGAGGCCCAAUUCUUUGGCUUCACACCACAGACUUGCCUGCUGAGGAUCUACUUAGCAUUUCAAGACCACCUGUUUGAAGUGAUGCAGGCUGUUGAACAGGUUAUCCUAAAGAAGCUGGAGGACGUCCCAAACUCGGAGAUUAGCCCUGUCCAAGUUCGUAAAUGCACAGAGAAGUUUCUUUGCUUCAUGAAAGGACGUUUUGAUAACCUUUUUGGCAAAAUGGAGCAGCUGAUUUUGCAGGCGGUUUUGCGGAUUCCCCCAAACAUCCUGCUUCCUGAAGAUAAGUGUCAGGAGACACAUCCUUUUAGUGAAGAAAAAUUCCAGCUUCUCAGAAAGGAAAUCGAAGAGUUACAGGAGAAGUAUAAGGUUGAAUUAUGCACUGAGCAGGCCCUUCUUGCAGAAUUAGAGGAGCAAAAAAUUGUUAAAGCCAGACUCAGAGAGACGUUGACUUUCUUUGAUGAGCUUGAAAACAUUGGCAGAGAUCACGGAACUAGUAACUUUAGGGAGAGUUUGGUGUCCCUGGUCCAGAACUGUAGAAAAUUCCAGAACAUUAGAGACAAGGUUGAAAAACAAAGCAAAAGACUGGAAACACGAUAAUUUCUCAGUAGUGAAAAGAGAGAACAUGCAAAUGAAUAGCUUAUCUUUGAUUACUCUUCUGUUUAAGGUCUCUUUCCCAGGUUCCUCAAAGCAGAUUGGCAGAUCUUCUGGAACUGCAGGAUCCAAUUCGGACAGUUUUGUUCAUCUGCUUUCUCCCUUCUAGAAUUUGGGUUGACCACCCUUGUAUCUGAUAACGCCUUUAGUUCUUCUUUUGGGGUUGUACCCAUUCAACUUUAGGGGUACUCUAGUAUGAUUUCAGGAGGGAGUGGAAUCCUGUGUGAAUCAGGCCUGAUUCAUUGAUUGUUGGAGCGCAAUCAUGAGCUACACCAGGGACUAAUGAAGCAGAAAAGCUGGACUGGGGGUAUAGCUCAGUGGUAGAGUAUGCUCAGCAUGUGGUGUCUCAGGGUUUAACAUGCCACACAGGGGAGAAGCAAAAGGAGGAAGGGGAAGAACAAAGGGAAACGGCAGCAGAGGAAGACUGGCGGGGCUGGUGAUGAGUCAGUGGGUGAAAGUACUUAUUCAAGCCUGGUGACUGGAGUUGGAUCCCCAGAACCCAUGUAGAGGUGGAAAGAAAGACAUGACUCUACAAAAUUAUACUCUGAUUUCCAAGGGUACACUGUUGCAUGUGGAACCCCCCCCAUACCCCACAUUGUGUGUGCAUACACACAUAUACAGACAUAAUAAUUUUUUAAGACACAAACAAAACCUCUGUGUAUGUUUGAGUGUGUGCAUUAAAAAACUGAAUCCUAGCUGGUUGUCGUGCACACUGUUGAUCCCAGCAUUGGGAGGCAGAGGCAGGUGGAUCUUUGAGAGUUCAACCUGGCCUAUAGAAAGAUUACAGAACAGCUAGGGCUACAUAGACUGGUCUCAGAAAACAAAACAAUAAAACCAGAUCUGAUUUAUGACACUUAAAUUGGUGAAGUAGACUUUAUUGGGGACUCUUGGAUUAGCUGUAGGGACCAUUGCAUUGAGGGAGAGGUUAGAUUCUGAGUAUAACAAGGAAAAGAUGGGGAUGCGCAGCUAAGGGGCAGAAUUAACUUGUAGGGACAAAAGGUUAUCACUGAAUGGAAAAUUACUAAAGGGAUGAGUGUUAGGGUUUGAAUGUGGCCCACAAAAUUCAUGUGUUGAAACUCUGACAUCCUAUGACACAAUGUUGAAGUUGAAUGCUUAUACUUUGAUUAAUGCCUGAAGGAGUUGGGGAGUUUUUAGGGACUAGGUUUCCAAUAAAAACAUGAGUUCAGGCCACUCGUUCUGGUGUGAUCUCACCCUAUAAUGCCUCCACCAUGGGAAGAGACAGCAAGAAGGCAUUUUUCUUAAUUUGAACUUUGUAAUCUAUACCUGUAAUAAAUAAAUACUUU